AUGUCCGGGGUGUCUGAGACCCUGAGCCGAGUGAAGGUGGGCACAUUACGUCGGCCUGAAGGCCCCCCAGAGCCCAUGGUGGUGGUGCCAGUAGACGUGGAAAAGGAAGACGUGAGGAUCCUCAAGGUCUGCUUCUAUAGCAACAGCUUCAACCCUGGGAAGAACUUCAAACUGGUUAAAUGCACUGUGCAGACCGAGAUCCGGGAUGUCAUCGCCUCCAUCCUGCUGAGCGGGCGGAUCGGGCCCAACAUCCAGCUGGCUGACUGCUAUGGGCUGAGGCUGAAGCACAUGAAGUCAGACGAGAUCCACUGGCUGCACCCGCUGAUGACGGUGGGGGAGGUGCAGGACAAGUAUGAGUGUCUGCAUGUGGAAGCCGAGUGGAGGUAUGACCUUCAAAUCCGCUACCUGCCAGAAGACUUCAUGGAGAGCCUGAAAGAAGACAGGACCACGCUGCUUUAUUUUUACCAACAGCUCCGAAACGACUACAUGCAGCGCUAUGCCAGCAAGGUCAGCGAAGGGAUGGCCCUGCAGCUGGGCUGUCUGGAGCUCAGGCGGUUCUUCAAGGACAUGCCCCACAACGCACUUGACAAAAAGUCCAACUUCGAGCUCCUGGAGAAAGAAGUGGGCCUGGACCUGUUUUUCCCAAAGCAAAUGCAGGAGAACUUAAAGCCCAAGCAGUUCCGGAAGAUGAUCCAGCAGACGUUCCAGCAGUACGCCUCGCUCCGGGAGGAGGAGUGCGUCAUGAAGUUCUUCAACACCCUCGCAGGCUUCGCCAACAUUGACCAGGAGACCUAUCGCUGUGAACUCAUUCAAGGAUGGAACAUCACUGUGGACCUGGUCAUCGGCCCUAAGGGCAUCCGCCAGCUGACAAGUCAAGAUGCAAAGCCCACCUGCCUGGCCGAGUUCAAGCAGAUCAAGUCCAUCAGGUGCCUCCCUCUGGAGGAGGGCCAGGCGGUACUGCAGCUGGGCAUCGAAGGCGCUCCCCAGUCCUUGUCCAUCAAAACCUCCUCUCUGGCAGAGGCCGAGAACAUGGCUGACCUCGUAGAUGGCUACUGCCGGCUGCAAGGAGAGCACAAGGGCUCUCUCAUCAUUCGAGCCAAGAAAGACGCUGAGAAGCGGAACAGUCUGCCCCAGAUCCCCACGCUAAACCUGGAAGCUCGGCGGCCCCACCUUUCAGAAAGCUGCAGCAUAGAAUCAGACAUCUAUGCUGAGAUCCCCGACGAGACCCUGCGAAGAUCAGGAGGCCCACAGUAUGGCAUCACCCGGGAAGACGUGGUCCUGAAUUGUAUUCUCGGUGAAGGCUUUUUUGGGGAAGUCUAUGAAGGCGUCUACACAAAUCACAAAGGGGAGGUGAUCAAUGUGGCUGUGAAGACCUGUAAGAAAGACUGCACUCUGGAUAACAAGGAGAAGUUCAUGAGUGAGGCAGUGAUCAUGAAGAACCUGGACCACCCACACAUCGUGAAGCUGAUCGGCAUCAUCGAAGAGGAGCCCACCUGGAUCAUCAUGGAACUGUACCCCUAUGGGGAGCUGGGCCACUACCUGGAGCGAAACAAGAACAUCCUGAAGGUGCUCACUCUUGUCCUGUACUCGCUGCAGAUCUGCAAGGCCAUGGCUUACCUGGAGAGCAUCAACUGUGUCCACAGGGACAUCGCUGUCCGGAACAUCCUGGUGGCCUCCCCUGAGUGUGUGAAGCUGGGGGACUUCGGCCUUUCCCGAUACAUUGAGGAUGAGGAGUAUUACAAAGCCUCUGUGACCCGUCUACCAAUCAAGUGGAUGUCCCCCGAGUCCAUCAACUUCCGCCGCUUCACGACCGCCAGCGAUGUCUGGAUGUUUGCUGUGUGCAUGUGGGAAAUCCUGAGCUUCGGAAAGCAGCCCUUCUUCUGGCUGGAGAACAAGGAUGUCAUUGGGGUGCUGGAGAAGGGGGACCGGCUGCCCAAGCCUGACCUCUGCCCGCCCAUUCUCUACACCCUCAUGACCCGCUGCUGGGACUACGACCCCAGUGAACGACCCCGCUUCAGCGAGCUUGUGUGCAGCCUCAGUGACAUUUACCAGAUGGAGAAGGACAUCGCCUUAGAGCAGGAGAGGAACGCUCGCUACCGACCUCCCAAAAUCUUAGAGCCCACAGCCUUCCAGGAACCCCCACCCAAGCCCAGCCGGCCCAAGUACAGACCCCCUCCACAAACCAACCUUCUGGCACCCAAGCUGCAGUUCCAGGUCCCCGAGGGUCUGUGUGCCAGCUCACCCACGCUCACCAGCCCUAUGGAGUAUCCAUCUCCCGUAAACUCGCUGCACACCCCACCUCUCCACCGGCACAAUGUCUUCAAGCGCCACAGCAUGCGGGAGGAGGACUUCGUCCGCCCCAGCAGCCGGGAGGAGGCCCAGCAGCUGUGGGAGGCCGAGAGGCUCAAGAUGCGGCAACUCCUGGACAAGCAGCAGAAGCAGAUGGUGGAAGAUUACCAGUGGCUGAGGCAGGAGGAGAAAGCCCUGGACCCCAUGGUUUACAUGAACGACAAGUCCCCGCUGACCCCAGAGAAGGAGGCCGGCUACACGGAGUUCACAGCGCCCCCACAGAAACCGCCACGGCUCGGCGCACAGUCCAUCCAGCCCACAGCCAACCUGGAUCGGACCGACGACCUGGUGUACCUCAACGUCAUGGAGCUGGUGCGGGCCGUGCUGGAUCUCAAGAAUGAGCUCUGCCAGCUGCCUCCCGAGGGCUACGUGGUGGUAGUGAAGAACGUGGGCCUGACCCUGCGGAAGCUCAUCGGCAGUGUGGAUGACCUCCUGCCUUCCUUGCCGUCGUCCUCACGGACAGAGAUCGAGGGGACCCAGAAACUGCUCAACAAGGACCUGGCAGAGCUCAUCAAUAAGAUGCGACUGGCCCAGCAGAAUGCCGUGACUUCCCUGAGUGAGGAGUGCAAGCGGCAGAUGCUCACCGCCUCCCACACGCUGGCCGUGGACGCCAAGAACCUGCUGGACGCCGUGGACCAAGCCAAGGUCCUGGCCAACCUGGCCCGCCCGCUGGCAGAGUGA